AUUACUUAUAUAAACAAAAUAAAAGCGUUUGUUUUUCUUAUUAUAUUUUAUGUAGAAGAAAGUAAAACGAAAAUAAUUUAGAAGAGAGCAGCAUUUCAACAACAACAAAUAUUUGUACAAUUUCAGGAGUCCAUUACUUUAGGAUAUCUUGUUAAUAUUUUUCUUAAACGACGAUAAAUACACAUAUUUGGAAAAUGGAAAUCCAACAGUUGGAGAUAUUGUGUAAACAACUAUAUGAAGCCACAGAUUCUGCUUUGCGUUCCAAUGCCGAAAAGACUUUGGUACAAUUUGUUAGCAGCCAAGAUGCUCUGCCCAAAUGUCAAAUGUUGUUGGAUCGUGCCGAUUCCAGUUAUGCACAAUUAUUGGCCGCCACCACUUUGACUAAAUUGAUACAAGGUUUAAAUCUGGAACAACGUAUUGAUAUUAGGAGUUAUAUUCUUAACUAUUUGGCCAAUAGACCGAAUUUACAACAUUUCGUAGUUCAGGCCUUGGUAACGCUUCUGGCUAAAAUUACCAAGUAUGGUUGGUUCGAUACCUAUAAAAAUGAACAUAUAUUCCAGAAUCUAUUGGAAGAUGUAAAAACUUUUUUACAGGGCUCUGUGGAACACUGUACAAUUGGAGUUCAAAUUCUAUCACAAUUAGUUCUAGAAAUGAACUCAAUUGUGGAGGUUGAUGCCAAUAUAUCAUUUUCCAAAAAUCGUAAAAUUGCUACAUCAUUCCGUGAUCAACAACUCUUCGACAUAUUCCUGUUGUCGUGUAAUCUUCUGGUUACAGCACGUGAUAAUAGUAAAACAUUAAAUUUCAUGGACGAAUCGCAACAAGCCUAUGUCAAUCUUGUUUCUCAUGUAUUGCGGCUAACAAAGAAUUGUUUGAGUUUCGAUUUCAUUGGCAGUUCAACAGAUGAAUCAUCUGAUGAUAUGAAUAGCGUUCAAAUACCCACAUCAUGGCGUCCAGCAUUUUUAGAUGCAAAUACCUUGAAAUUAUUUUUCGAUUUGUAUCAAAUAUUACCCAAUGGUUUGGCAAGCUAUUCGUUAGCUUGUUUAGUACAGAUGACAUCUGUACGUCGUUCUUUAUUCAAUAAUUCAGAACGUACUAAAUUUCUUACACAUUUAGUGGAAGGUGUUAAAAAUAUUUUGGUCAAUUUACAUGGUUUAAGUGAUCCUGAUAAUUACCAUGAAUUUUGUCGUCUAUUGGCCCGUUUAAAGUCUAACUAUCAAUUGGGUGAAUUGAUUGCAGUGCCUUGUUAUCCCGAAGCUAUUGCAUUAAUUGCUAAAUUUACCGUGCAAUCAUUACAGAUGUGGCAAUUUGCCCCUAACAGUGUACAUUAUUUGCUUACCUUAUGGCAACGUAUGGUGGCUUCAGUUCCUUAUGUUAAAUCAGCCGAACCUCAUUUAUUGGGCACCUAUACACCGGAGGUAACAAAAGCCUAUGUUGAAUCACGUCUAGAUGCUGUUCCUGUCAUUGUACGUGAUAAUAUCGAUGAUCCUCUGGAUGAUUUGUGUAUGGUGCAACAACAAUUGGAACAACUUUCCGUUAUCGAACGCUGUGAAUAUGAUAAAACGUGCCAAUUAUUGGUUCAGCAUUUCGAUCAAAAAGCCCGUGAAUAUGAAAAUUUACUACAAACACCCAACUCAAAUCCCAUGGAUAUAAGUAUACAUGAAUUACAAUUGACAUGGUUGGUUUAUAUCAUAGGUUCGGCUAUUGUCGGUCGUCUGACGGUGAAUUCGAAUGAUGAACAUGAUACUAUGGAUGCUGAAUUGGUUAUUAGAGUUUUUCAGUUAAUGAGAUUAACAGAUGCUCGUCUACCGCAAGCAGGCUGUGAAAAACUUGAAUUGGCUAUCUUAAGUUUUCUGGAGCAGGUGCGCAAAAUGCAUAUCAGUGAACAAACACAAAAGGCAAAUGUUUACAAGCGUUUAAGUGAAGUAUUUGGUAUCAGUGAUGAACAAAUGCUUUUAAGUUUUAUCAAUCGUAAAAUUAUAACAAAUCUAAAAUUUUGGGGCCAUUCAGAGCAAAUAAUAACGAAAACUUUAAUGCUGCUAUCAGAUCUCUCCGUGCAUUUCAAUUCCGUGCGAAAAUUGGCAAAACUAGAGGAAGUACAAUUUAUGCUUACACAUCAUACGAGCGAGCAUUUUCCAUUUUUGGGCACUAAUUCCUCAUUAACGGAAAUGCGUUGUCGUACCAUGUUUUAUACAUCUCUUGGACGUCUUUUAAUGUUUGAUUUGGGCGAAGAUGAAGAGAGAUUUUAUAGUUUUCUAACUCCCUUAACCAAUCAAUUUGAAAAUCUGGGUCCUGUUCUCAUGGACACCAACAGUUUUCCCAACGAGGAAGCCAAAAAGGCAAUUAUUGGCUUGGCCAGAGAUUUGCGAGGUCUAGCUCAACCCUUAACAUCACGUGUUCCUUAUACCAUGCUCUUUGAGUGGUUAUACUACUCCGAUUAUUUACCCAUGUUAAUACGGGCUGUCGAACUUUGGGCCCAUGAUCCUGCCGUCACAACACCAGUAUUAAAACUAUUUGCCGAAUUGGUGCAUUGUCGUACGCAACGUUUACAGGGCAACGUUUCCAGUCCCAUGGGUAUUUUGUUAUUCCGUGAAGCAUCAAAACUUAUUUGUAUCUAUGGUAAUCGUAUUUUGCAUUUGGAUGUACCACGUGAUCAACAAUAUCCCAUGCGUCUGAAAGGCAUUUCAGUGUGUUUUACCAUUCUCAAGAAUGCAUUGGGUGGUAACUAUGUUAAUUUUGGUGUUUUCAAACUAUACGGUGAUGAUACAUUGGAUAAUGUUUUAAAUAUUGCUGCUAAAAUGAUCAUGUCAAUACAACAAAAUGAUUUGUUGGAAUAUCCGAAAUUGGCCUCAUCUUAUUUCAAUUUAUUGAAUUGUUUAUCACAAGAUCAUAUAAGUUUUCUGGCUGGCCUAGAACCUGGUGCAUUUGUUUACAUUCUAGAAAGUCUAUCUAAAGGUUUUACAGCUUUGGAUUCGACUAUUUAUAUAACCUGUUGUUCCAUUUUGGAUAGCAUUGUAUCCUAUAUAUUUAAGCAACUUCAGUUGAAAAUGUCUACAUUCCCAAAUAAAAAAUUACGCAGUUUAACUCCGGAAAAUGCUAGAUUUUUAGAGGUUGUUAAAAUGAAUUCGGAAUUGUUACAAAACAUGAUGUCAACUUUAUUAAAUAAUGUCAUGGCAGAAGACUGUCGGAAUCAGUGGUCCAUGUCAAGACCUUUAUUAGUUUUAAUACUUUUGUACGAGGAUUACUUUAGAUCUCUUAAAGAAAACAUUCUACGCGCACAACCUAUAGACAAGCAACAAAUUAUGGCCCAAUGGUUUGAUGAUUUAAUGAGCGGCAUUGAACGAAAUGUUUCCAGUAAAAAUAAAGAGAAAUUCACUCAUAACUUAUCAUCCUUCCGUCGUGAUGUGGUAAACUUGCCGAAAACAUCGAAUUAUAGCACUGAUAAUUCGUAUCAAAUUUAUUCGGAAAAUAAUUAUUCGGUUUCGGUGUGAUUCUUUACAUCAAACGAAAAGCAUUAAAACACGGACUGCUUUUAUAAUAAACUGAAACAAAAAUUAAAUUCAUUUUGGAUAAUGUUUUCUUUUUUUUUAACAAAAUUUAAUAAAAAAGUAAAAAAUAAUGAUACUUAUCCAACCAACACUGACCGGCAUUAUAGCAAAAAAGUCUGUUUCAAAAGAAAAAAAUAUUUAUACAUAUUUUUUUUUACUUUAAAUAAAGUUAUUUGAUGUACAUACUUACAUACUUUCAUAUACAUAUAUAUUAUAUACAUAUACAAAAAAAUUAACAAAAAAUGAAUAUUUUUAUUAUAAAGAAAAAAAUGCACAAAAUUAAACAAUUCAAUUGACAAUUUUAUAGUGGUUCCAAAAAAAGGUUAAGCUAGCGACAGUUUUUUAUAGGAAUUCUUGAGUUUGAAACUGAUUUCGAGCCUGUUCAAAUACUCAUCAAUGCACUGCAUCUCUGCGAUGCAAAUCAGCAGAGAUGGAAGAUUCUCAUUUAAUAUGUAAAAAUUGAAAUAAAUUUCAUUCAAUAAACUAAAACUUUUUAUUUUGUGUAUGAGAGAAAGAGAUGGUUGAUAUUUCUAUCUUUUUCUCUCGCACAUAAAAAUCAAAAAUUUCCCAAACAAGUUUUCUAGUGUGAACCAGGUCUUAUUAAAACGUAGAUACUAUCGUUCCUCAGAAUACACAAUUCGUAAAGCAUUAAAACGAAAUAGAAUUGCUUCUUCUUUUUCUUACGAUUCAGUUUUUUGUUGGAAUACCUUUUUUGACCGUUGCGUAAACGUAAUCGAAAUGCAGAAUAGGGGUGAUAGCAAAUCUUGAGCAAGCGAUAGAUUUCUGUAAGAAAUUUUGAGCUAGCGAGGGAUUUCUAUAGAAAAUAUAGAGCUAGCGACAUAUUUUUUUUUUGUUUACAAAAUCUUUGAGUAAUGCGAAGUUUUCAUAAAGUUAGUGUCAGAUAUAUAUUUCAUGUGCUCUCAUAAUUUUGGUCUAUUAAAAAAAAUCUCUAAACAGUAAUGACUUAUUUAUAGGAAAAAUAUAAACUGCGUGUUAAUUAUCACAUUUUGAACACUUACUUUUACAUAGAAUUUUGUAUUUUUUGUCUACGCUCUACAUAAAACACAAAUCUGUUUUUAUGAAUCAUUCUAUUGUAACCGUUAUGAAGCAAAAAUAUAAAGAAAAUGUCAUUGUAAAUUUACCAUGUUUUUCGUACACAACAAUAAUAUGUGGAAUACAACCCUGAGAAAUGUUUCCAUUUUUUGCAUAUAAAAAUAAGAACUUUUCAAGACCAUUUGAGACGGUCUUUUGAUUUAUAUGAAUAAACAUACUAUGUUGAAAAAAUAAUAUUGUAAAACACUUAUCUUAAUAGCAGACAUUUUUUUGAAAUAAAUCAUAAAUUUUAUACCGUUACAAAUUUCUUAAACAAUUUAAAACUUUUCUAGCUUACAGUCGAUUUUUAGUUUCAGACGCCGAUGCCGUUAAUAUUUGUCGACACAGUACUCUAAAUACAACCCUAAAUAAAUGUUUCGUUAAAAAGAUUAUAGGUGUUGGCCAAUCUGUCAAACAAAAAAGUUUCGCUGUACGUCCGCGGUGUGUGUGUAAUAGAAGAAUUUGUUAGCAAAAAUAUUUUUUAGCUUGUAAUAAACAAUAGUUUACAAUAAAAAUUAACAAAUAACAUAAUAAUAGUGUAACAAAUAAAAACAAUUAGCAUAAUUUGCACAAAACGUAAGUGUAAAAAGUGUCAGAAUAAUCCCAUGAAAAAGUGAUUUUCUGUAAAUUAGCAUGAAAAUGUGGCAGCACUGAAUAAUAUACAUAUACAUACAUACACUUAAUAAAUAGGCAAAGUAAAGAAAGAGCACAAAAAUACAAGUGUUGGAUGAAGUGAAGAGGACGUCAAACGACGACUACGACGAACGAAGCAAAAAAGGGAGAAUCAUUUAUACAGCAAGCAGCAGUUUUUAUUUUUUCAACAGGAGAAGAAAAUCGAAACGAAAAAAAGAGGAGAACUCCCAGGCAAUUAUAAAAAAAAAGAAAAUUUAUCAUCAUUGGACUUGUGAAAAAGGCACAAUUUUGGAUGGAAAUUAAAACUUAACUACACGGCUACAAGUGAAAUAUAACAAAUUUAGAUAUAGAGAUUUUCACCAUCAUCAUAUAAAAAACUGAAGAACAGCAGUAGUAGUAGUAAAAAAUUGGAAAAACAAAAAA